AUGGCGAAGAGAUCACGCAAGGAGUCUUCAGCAGCGGACCUUCUGGUCUCUCCUUUGCCUAAAACGAGCCCUAGCAAAUCUCCCAGCGAAUCUCCGGUGGAAUUCGAAUUCAAGCUCAACGCAUUCAACACUACCACAUCAUCUUCGAAGAAGAACUUCAAUCGUAAGAACUGUGGAGCAUCGACUCCUGUGCCAAUGCAACCUACCGGAUCGCCACCGUCGCUGAAAAACCUAAGCACAAUCUCGGAUCUGAAGAACUUGGCUGUUUCGAAGAUGGAGUCCAUCAAGCGCCAACUGGAUCGGUCUCAUUUGGAGAUACUGAAGGAUGUUGAGGCUUCUCAGUCUCGUCUUCACAAGCGCUUCAAGAUUCAAACACAGGCAUGCCAGCAAGUGAUGGAUGAAGCAGACAGGGAAUGCAAGAAGAUGGUUGACCAGAUUGAUGAAAGUCGGGAAGCAAUGAAGGCUUCAUAUGCAGAGUUCAUAGCAGCAGCACAGGCUAGUGCAUCUCGCGCGUGCAAAACAUCCAUCCCUAAGCUUUCACAGUCCUUCGAGAAAGCCGUUGAUGCUAUCAAAAGCCGUUAUGGGAUCCCAUCAACUUCAGCAUAA